AUGCAUUUCAUUUCCCUGAUUGCCUUCUCCCUCACGACUGCCAUAACGGCAGUCAGCGCCUACCCCAUCACCGGCGAGACCGUCAACUGCCGCUCCGGUCCCGGAACAAGCCAUGCGGUCGUCAAAGCGUACAAAAAGGCGCACGAUGUCCAAGUCACCUGCCAAACCACUGGAGACUCAGUCUCCGGUAACGAUAUCUGGGACAAGACAUCCGACGGUUGUUACGUAGCCGACUACUAUGUGAAAACCGGCAGCAGCGGCUACGUGACCACCAAGUGCGGCGGCGGCGGUAGUGGUGGCAGUACCGGCACGGGAAAAGCCAUCAUCGCUGCAGCCGAGAAGAAGAAAGGUCUCCCAUACGUCUGGGGCGGUGGUGGCUGUAAGGGUCCCUCUGGCGGCGGGUUUGACUGCUCGGGUCUGACGCAGUAUGCCAUUUGCCAGGCACUGAAUAAGAAGAUUCCCCGUGUCGCGCAGGAUCAGUAUGACUCCAGCAUGGGCAAGCGGUAUCCUCGUGCACAGGCUAAAGCUGGUGAUCUCUUGUUCUGGGCUACCGGUGGUGAUUGCAAGAACAAGGUUGCCCAUGUUGGUAUCUUUAUCAACGAUAAGUUGAUGAUUAAUGCUGCUCGAACCGGUACGCCAGUUCGUGAGCAGGCUAUUUGGACUUCUUAUGGUGGGGAGAGUAUCUGUCCUUACGUUAUGAGAUUUACUUGA